AUGAAACGGUGUUUAUUAUGCGAAUGUGUUUUGAUUAUAUUAUCAAGUUUAUUGGAAUUAUCAUCAACACAGUCACCGUUGUCUCGUGCUUGGGAAGAGACCUUCCCUGGACAAACUCCAUUCUGGGAAAAGUAUAACACUGGACCGCACGGAGUGGUCAUUCGUGGAUGGCAGUUUAGCAGAUGUGCUAGUGAACAGUGGACGAAUUAUGUUGUGAAUGUGUCGAAUAUUGUUAUUUGGCCCGACUAUCCGCGGUUUCCAGGGCCAAUUUUUUUCAAUGUAACGAUGGAUGUGAGCGAGGAUCUUCCAGUUGAACGGGUCGAAAUGGAUCUUGAGGUACGUCACGCAGUGACAAAUAAGCAAGGGUCGAAAGGUUGGCAAGUGAUACCGUGUCAAGGAUGGAAUAUCAUUGAUGGAUGUGAUGGAGUUGGAUCAUGUCGAUAUUGCGACAUGUUGGAUAAAUGUCGAGAAGCAGUAAAAUCAGCCGACAAGUACGUUACUGACAGAAAAGCGCAGGAUUUUCUCCGCCAGAACAGACUGUGUCCGCCACCGAAAGGUCACUGGACGAUGACCUUCAGUAAGGUAUUUAGCACCGAGGACCUGCCAAAAAGUUUUUUCGGACCAUUACAGUCGAAUGAAUAUUGGCUAACAUUUUCAUUCACAGACGGCGCAGAUAAGAAGUUGGGAUGCGCUCGUAUUUGGGUUGAUGUUUGUAAAUAUCAUUUACAGGAUAAACAACAAAAAUGUUUACGAGAUCCAAAUGCAUUCAAGAAUUUCAUCAAUGAGAUUAGCAGCCAGGCUGAACAAAUCAGGAGUCGUUCAGGAUGA